UCUUAUUCUACACUGCAAAGUAGAUACUCGAACGUCACUGUCAGGUUUGUUUAUAAAUAAAAAAAUCUUUUUCCCAUAAGAGUUUAUCUCUUUGAUUUUGAAUAAAAUGUCGCUGCAAGAUAUUCGUUACUCGAAUUUCUUUGUAGCCGGCAUUUCAACCUGUUUCGCAACUGUUUUCACCAAUCCACUAGAAGUUGUUAAAAUUCGAUUACAACUGCAAGGUGAAUUGAUUAAAAUCGAUCCGAAUAAGAGAAUUUAUCGGGGAUUUUUUCACGGACUGUUCCGAAUUGGUUGUGAUGAGGGUGUUAAAGCGUUGCAAAAAGGUUUGGGACCAGCUCUUGGGUUAAAGUUUUGCCAAAAUUCAAUACGUUUAGGAAUAUUUGAUACAGCUACUACAUUUGGAUGGACGAAAAGCAGUGAGGGUCAUAUGUCAGUAUGGCGUGGAUACUUAUGGGGAGCAUUUGGUGGUUCAAUCGGAUCAUGUUUAGGCAGUCCGUUUUAUUUAGUUAAAACUCACAUGCAGUCUUAUUCGGAUGCUAAAGAGGCCGUUGGCUUCCAGAGAAAACACGAUGGAAUGAUUUCAGCAUUCAAAAAAAUAUAUAAAGCACGAGGUAUUCGUGGUUUAUACCGUGGUGCUUCUGCUAACAUUCCAAGAGCUGGCUUAGGGAAUGGUGCUCAACUGGCAACAUACGAACCGUUAAAGGAUUAUAUGAAAAGAAGUGGUUGGAGCUUUUCAAAUUCAACGGUAAAUUCAUUUAUAUGUUCAUGCAUUGCCGGGACAACAAUGGCAAUUGCUGUGAAUCCACCAGAUGUCAUACUGACUCGUUUAUAUAAUCAACCAUUGGACGAUGCUGGCAGAGGGAAAUACUACAGCGGAGUCUGUGACUGUUUUGUUAAAAUUGUCAAAACGGAAGGCGUUUCUGGAUUGUAUAAAGGAUUUUGGCCCGCUUAUAUACGUCAGGCGCCUCAUUCCAUACUGGUCUUACUUUUCUACGAUGAAGCCAAGAAGCUGAGAGAUAAAUUUUUCCCCUGAGUGAUAGAACGUUUUACGGUAGAGUUUUACCAAAGCCUUAGAUUA